CAGCCCUCCCUUUUGUUGCAAACCAUCACAUUUUAUAUUGUGUUCCGUCCUAUUUUCUCGAGGAGCUUAAUCUCACACAGACGAACACACACACACCUCUUCUUCUUCUCCUCCUCGCCUCUUCUCUCUUUCCCUUCUUUUCUUCUCGCACCAAAAACCCCCCCUUCCCUUCCCUGCCCGUUCCUUUUUUGAUGCGUUUUUUUGAUGCGCCUAUCGAGUCAGUCCUUAUUUCUGUUGCUAUUUGUGCUUGUCGCUCGAGUCUCGCUCGCUGCUGAUCUAGAAAGAAAAGAUCAACCAUUGGCCGCACCUACGCCCACCCCAGCUGCCACUUUCCGCUUUUACGCACGAGACGAAAAAAAAUCAAACGACGACGACGACGAACAAAUCACUAUUUUCCAAUGCACCACGAAAGUAAUUGUCGAGGUUCCUGCCAAUGGUGACAAAGGCAACGCUGUUACCAAUGAACAAGUAAAGUGCAUGCCCACGGCUGUUCCAUCCGCCAAAGCAACAGCAACUCGUCAAAACAAACGUGUCACUGUUACCCAGACCAGCAAGGCAACCCCAACCACUGCUUCCUCAUCCUCGAACGACGAAAACAACGACGGUUCAUCAUCUUCAGAUGGCAGUAGCAGCAACGAUGGUAGCGACACUAAAAACGAAUCUUCUGAUGACGAAAAUUCUGAUGUUUCUGCUUUCACAGAAUCCGGUUCGACCUCGUCGUCCCCUACUGGCAGCGUUGAAGACCCUAAUGCACCUGCCACUGGCGGCGAUAACAAUGGCUCCUCCUUGGCAAGCGACUCAAAUAGCAGUGGCGAUUCCCCUUCUUCCGACAAUACUAAUACUGAUACCGACGACAGCUCCUCAUCUGCUACCAACGAUACCGAAAACAGCAGCAACUCUGAAGAUGGCUCUUCUACUGCUGCUGCUGACGAUGAUACAACAACGACAGAUGGCAGCGAUGAUGCUAGCGACUCUGACGACAGCAUCCUUGGCGGUCCUAACGAUCACCAGGAUGGUGCGCCCUCUGAAGACUCGGGUGCCGCCUCUGAUCCAAAUGUACGUAGCGAGACCCAAGCUGUCGAGGGCAAUGUCAGCAAUAAGGCCUUGGGCAUUGGCCUUGGUGUCGGCAUUGGUUGUGUUGCCGCCAUUGGUCUUGCUGGAUUGCUUGUUGCCAACAAGCGCAGACGCGAUAGUCAGUCAUCAUCAUCCUCAUCUUCUGCGAUGGAUGAUCCCAACGUCGACACACACUGGCGCCCACAGAGUUUCAUGGGUGUAGUCGCUUCGGUCGUAGCCAAGCUGCCGCGCUCAGCAUCCUUGCGAAGUAAUCGUUCCAAGCGAGAUACAGCAGCAGGCAUGGCAGUAGGCGCUGGACAAGGUGCCAUAGAAGAUCCUAGCGCCACAUUAGGCCGGCAUCCUUCCAACUCAUCGUCGCGCUCGGCCGCGUCCCAACCACCAUCUUUGGCUGUAGUCCAUGAACGUCCUGCUGGACCCAUGCAUGAGAUUGAUCUUCGCUAUUAAAAAACGGUUUUUUUCUCUUUCGCAAAAAACACACACGCCCCUAUCCUUCUCUUUUUGUUCUUUUCACAACGCUCUGUCCACGAUCACAUAUUUAACGACCCGAAAAUACAAGCAAACUACACACACACACACAGCACACGACAUCUUCUUUCGAAAAAAUAAAGUAGCGAGUAUUCAGUGUUCAUGUACUAUUAUUUUUUUAUUUGUUGUACUUUCUUUUUCUAGUUCUUCCUGAUUAAAGUCAUUGCACCACGAGUUUUUUCGGCCGAAACGUGGCUAAAAGCCGUUUUAUGUAACACAUUACGAACUCAG